AUGUCGGCCCUCCUCUUGGUCUUGAAAUUCUUGUUGGACGCGUCUGCCGUCCAGGCUUACUUUGUACUCUCUCAGCCUAUCUUAGAGACGACUCGGCUUGAUCCGAUCGUGUCUCCCGGUCAGAUCUCUGGUCAUGUUCAUGUCAUUGCUGGAGGAAGCAAUUUUAACCGCUCCAUGACAUAUGAGAGUGCUCGUCAAUCGCAAUGUACGACUGCACCCAUGUCUCUGGACUUGUCCAAUUAUUGGGUACCUCAACUCUACUAUUAUUCUCCUUCCAACCAGACAUACCAGGCCAUUCCGGUGUACGGAAUGAACGCCUAUUAUCUCCCUCGAGCAGGAAGCGAUGGUAAAGUCUCUGCGUUCCCGAAUGGACUUCAGAUGGUCCAGGGAAAUCCCAAUCGAAGAACGUAUGACGGUACGGCUGAUAGUGCUUCGAUCACAUACGUCUGUCUAGACUACAAUAACAAUCACCAAGGCGAUCCUGCAUGGUACGAGCGGAACAACUUUUUCGAACACAAUUGUCCUGAUGGGCUUCGAGCCCAAGUGUUUUUCCGAUCUUGCUGGGAUGGGGUUCACGUCACUUCGCCAGACCACGUCUCUCACAUGGCAUGGCCAUCAGGAGGAGUCAACGGUGGUGAUUGUCCCGCUAGUCAUCCAGUUCGACUCGUCUCGCUCUUCUACGAAUUCAUCUUUGCCGUUCAGAAUUUCCCAUUCAACAAUGGUUCUGAUCCCACUUGGGUCUGGGCCAAUGGCGAUACGACCGGAUACGGUUUCCACGGAGACUUCUUGAGUGGAUGGCCCGAACUUAUCAAUGGGACAAACAUCCUCCAACAAGCUAUCGACGGAUGUAAUGCGAACAACGGAGUAGGUGGAGAACUCAACAAUUGUCCUCCAUUUGUCCCAUACCUCAAUUCGUCCCUCUGUUUGCCUGAGAACCCACUCGUCAAUGAAGACAUCGGUAUGGGUCAUUAUAUCUCGCGACUCCCAGGUGACAAUCCCAUCUGGAUUGGAAACGGUACAAAACCAACUUACGCCAACUACACCGAUGCCAACACCACCGUUGGAAACCCUCAAUCUGUCAUCCCAGCCGGAUACAGCUUUGUAGGUUGUGUCGCUGAGGGGACGUCUGGUCGUGCCUUGACAGGUGCCUCCUACACUGGCAGCAAUGUCACACGCGGAGCAUGUGUGGCCUUCUGUGAAUCCUAUGGCUACCCUCUUGCCGGUAUGGAAUAUGGGUCACAAUGUUAUUGCGACUAUCAAAUGCGAAAUGGAGCCAGCAACACUACUUUGUUGGACAACGACGAAAAAUGCGAUAUGAAGUGCGCCAACAACGCGUAUGAAUCCUGUGGAGGCCCCAAUGCCUUGACACUGUUCAACAAUCCAAGUUUGUACCCCGCUGCGGAAGUCCUCCCGGCCGGAUGGGUCAACAGCGGAUGCGUCACUGAAGCUAUCAACGGACGAGCUCUCGCCUCCUAUUCUAUAUCUUCCUCCAGUAUGAACCACUCGAUGUGUAUUGCGGCAUGCUCGAGCCAAGGGUACAAAUAUGCCGGAGUGGAAUACGCGAGUCAAUGCUUCUGCGGAAAUAUCCUCUCGACCGGCUCUGUCAACGCUUCAAGUACAGAUUGUAACAUGGCUUGUAGUGGGAACUCUCGACAGCUAUGUGGUGGUCCAGAUCGACUCACCCUGUUCACCAAUACCAAGGCUCCUAGCAGUACACCAGUCUUACCGACAGGCUGGACAGCCAAUGGAUGUUGGACCGAAGCGAACAACAUGAGGGCUCUCGCCAAUUACUCUUACGCCUCAAACAAUAUGACGGCUCAGAACUGUAUUGCUGCCUGUUCAUCCAGGGGAUACAAGUACGCCGGUGCCGAAUACGCCAGUCAAUGCUACUGUGGCAACGUCUUUCAGAGCGGUAGUGUACAAGCCGCCACUUCAGACUGUAAUAUGGCGUGUACCGGCGCUUCAGCCCAGUUCUGUGGUGGUCCGAACAGGUUGACAACUUGGGUCAAUCAGACUUGGACGGGAGACCAGUGA